UCUCAUUCGUAAACAACGGAGGUCUCUCGGGGAUUUUGCUUUCUGUCUAUUUUUUAUCAAGUAUUCGUUUUUGGCCUUUAUAUUCGUUUAAUUUGGGACGUAUUUCAUUUUUGUUUCCCACGCAAGCAUUCGCUCUGUUUUGCAACAAUAAACAAUUUAUUUAUUAAUACAAUUAUAGAAUAACUAAACUUUAAUAUAACAAAAUAAUGGAUACCGAUACAGAUCUAUCGGAGAGCACUGGAUUGCGCAUGUCCUUGAGGGAAAGACCACGGAAACUGCAUGCCGAACGUAGACUUCGAAGUGACGAUCUCAGCUAUUUGGACGACUAUGAGACUGAAAAAACAUCUCGUCCAGAGAAGAGAAAACUGAAACGCAAAUUAAAUGCAAAUACCCGUUGUCUUUACGAUGAAGAUGGACGGAUGCGUCACAAUGGAAAAGAUGUUUGCGAUUGCAUGGACGACGAAUGUCCUGGUUGCUGGUAUGAAUGUGAAAACUGCGGUUCAACCAAAUGUGGCGUCCAGUGUAGAGUGCAUCGCAAAUUCUACUAUGAAUCGAUAACAUUUGACGGCAAGGAUGCCACAAUACGCAAUAAACAUUUUCCAGUUACCAAAUAAAGGAAAUUGGUGUCUAUGUCUGGAAAUGUAGAAAGAUGUAUGACGGAUGUAUGUUUUGUCAAGCGUUUCUUGUCGUCUUCGUUUAUAUUUGUAUACCUAUUUAUCAACGUUUUUGUUUUUUUUUUUUACUUAUAUUCUAGAUUUUUAGUUUAAUAAAAUUAAGAACAAAAUAGAAAAUAAGUAAGAAUUAUAGCUAUAAAUGCAACUAAAUUGUAAUUUACAAACUCGAUAUUUAUAUUUGAUUGCAUUCUCAUUAUCAUAUAUUUAUUAAGAACAUACGAUUCGCCAUUAGUUUUGUAAGACAUUUAUUUUUAAAAGAUAUCAGUUUAUAUACUUUUUCUAUUAUGA